AUGGCGGCGAAUCUCGAGGAAGAGCAAAGUUUGAGAGACUGCGAGGAAUACGUACAAAGACACAAUAUUCAACAAGUUUUGAAAGACUGUAUAGUGCAACUUUGCGUGGGACGUCCUGAAAAUCCCAUAUCUUUCUUGAGGGAAUACUUUCAGAAGCUGGAACGGGAGCAGGCUCACGAUGCUAGGCAACAAAUCGCAACCAGUCCGGAAGACACCGAGGAUAUACCCGCUGGACAGCAGGGUCCUCAAGUUCCUCGACGUAGAGGUGGUAUCUCCGCGGAGCCGGUCUCCGAGGAGGACGCGACAAGUUAUGUCAAAAAGGUCGUACCUAAGGACUACAAGACGAUGGCCGCACUAAGCAAGGCCAUUGCUAAGAACGUCCUCUUUGCUCAUCUCGACGAAAAUGAACGUUCUGACAUUUUCGACGCUAUGUUCCCAGUCACGUUUCUGCCUGGAGAGGCAAUUAUUCGCCAAGGCGACGAAGGCGACAAUUUUUACGUGAUCGACCAAGGAGAGGUGGAGAUCUUUGUAAACGGUGAACUGGUUACAACGAUAGGGGAAGGCGGAAGCUUCGGCGAGUUGGCGUUGAUCUAUGGAACCCCGCGUGCCGCGACCGUUCGAGCGAAGACAGAUGUAAAAUUAUGGGGUAUCGACAGAGAUUCUUAUCGGAGGAUUCUAAUGGGAUCUACGAUAAGAAAACGAAAGAUGUACGAGGAAUUUCUCUCCAGAGUUUCGAUUUUGGAAUCCUUGGAUAAGUGGGAACGUCUGACGGUAGCAGAUGCUUUAGAGCCGGUGGCAUUUGAUGACGGUGAAACGAUAGUUCGACAGGGCGAACCCGGUGAAGAUUUUUACAUAAUCGUUGAAGGCACAGCGGUCGUUUUGCAACAGCGGUCGGAAGGUGAAGAAUUGACGGAAGUCGGGCGGUUAGGACCAUCUGAUUAUUUCGGUGAAAUCGCAUUGCUGCUCGAUAGACCGAGGGCGGCAACUGUGGUGGCACGAGGUCCUUUGAAGUGCGUAAAACUAGACAGGGCGAGAUUCGAACGAGUUUUAGGUCCGUGUGCGGAUAUUUUGAAACGCAACAUCACCCAAUACAAUAGUUUCGUGUCCUUGUCCGUAUAAAUUGUCGUACUAGCGACAUCGACGGCUGUCUUUUCUUUUUAUCGAAGUAUACUUCACUAUUAACAUUUUUUAUUUCAGUACUGUAAGUAAUGAUUGUAUUAUUUCAGUUAACGAUACUCGUGUUAAGAAUUGUAUACGUUGAAGUCUAUGCCAUUCAUUUGAAUUUACACAUUUCAUCCUGAAUAUUUUAAUCUUAUUUUUUGAUAGUUAUUUAAAUUCAUAAAAUAUGUGUGGAAUUCUGUUUAUAGCAUAAUAAAUCUAUUUUGCGUGAUAAUUUAGUUGAAAUUCAAAGCGCGAGUAUUUUAUUUGUUUCAUUAAUGUAUAUGUGGUAGACAAACCGAGCACAUAUUUUAUUCGAUAACACAUUCUACGACAUAUGUAAUUCUUAUAACGGAAAUAUUAAUAAUUAAAGAGCCGUGACAUGCCAAGUUAAUACGCACUUUCUAAUUUCGAAAACGAUAUAGAAAUCGAAUUUUACUCAUUUUUACACAAACAUAUUCUCCGAGAAAUGAUAAGAGUACUUGGAAAAAAUUUAGUAAAUGUAUAUGUUCCAACUCGCAAAUUUUUUCGAUGUUCGUUUAGAUGAAUAAAAAUUAUUGCGUUGUCAGAUA